GUCCUCCAUCAAAGAUCUGCACGGUGGCACAGUGGUUAGCGCUCUUGCCUCACAGCAAGAAGGACUGGUUUUAAGACCUGGCUGGGAUCGUUCUGUGUGGAGUUUGCAUGUUCUCCCCAGUCAUGCGUGGGUUUUCACCGGCAGGAAAUGUAUGUAAACAAACAGUACAAAAAUAGGUAUUGCAGCAAUUUAGCUCAAGGAAGAAAAACCUGUUCAAGAAAGGAAACUAAGCCUUGAAGCAACAGCUGGAGUCUCUUUUAUCAGCUAAAGAGGAAUAGGAAAGGAAGGUUUCCUGUUGAAGAGGUACGUGAAGGGCCUCUUGUAAAGCCCUAAAAUAGAGCAAACAUGACACUGGAUUGGUCAUCAGAUUAACAAGCACUAGUUUAAAGGAGAUGAUGGUUUCAGAGCAAGUUUGAGUUUCCAUUUACAAUUUACCUGUCUUUUUUAUUUAUUUAGCCUCUUUAAGACUUGAACCAACAUCUGAAUUAACCCCAUACAGACAUAGUCACAGUGUAGAAUUAACUGCUAAGGUAAUGUAACAAAAACAUGAUGUCCACUCUUGAGAGGUUAAUGUCAUUUGGAACUGUAUAUCCUUUCUCAUGUGUUUUAAAGCAUAAACUGUUCUCACAGGUAAAAUGAAGCCAGCAUCAGGAAGAGGAAGUGUUGUAUCACUCAAAAAAGCCCUGGGUUUGAAGGAUUUGCUUUAAGGUUCCUGCUGGGCGGGUUUCCGAUAAUCUCCUGAAAAAAAGGGAAAGGACUCUAGAUGGAUCUCUGCUCCUCAAUGACCCAAAGGCAGUCAGAACCAGCUCUGACAGAAAUUCAAGAUGAGGAUUCGAGGAAGGAUUCUGGUUUUUUGUCUGAGCAUGCAGCAGAAACAGAGACUGAAUGGAGUGACCAGUUAGCGUUAAAUGUUUCCUCUGAAGAGAGAACCUUGCAAACAUGUCUGCCUUCCAGCUCCAAGGCUUCCAGCUGUGCUCUGCCCUGCUCAAAACUUUCACCAGCAGGUGUUGAGAGCAGAACUUGCUGCUGUUCAGGUUCUUCAGAACACACACUUCCUGUUUCACCUCAUCCCUCUUUUAUAGAGUCUUACACUAAGCCGUCAGUUUCAUUCUCUCCCUUAUGCAGACAUUGGGCAUCUGAAGCUUCUGGAGAAGUUUCCUUCAGAUUUGAGGAUGCAAUGGAUUUUGACAAAGAACCAAAAAACUCUCAUCCUGCCCCCUUAUUGAGGUUGGCAUCUUCUCAGUCAGACAGUUUAGAAAGCAAUGAGGCUUUAGCACCAAUGUUAGACCUUUAUAGUUUUGAAAGUGGGCCACAUAACUUCAUUCUGAGCCAAGCUGUAGAUCCACUCAGAAUUACGUGUCCUGAAUUCUGUCCAUUAUCACAAGCAGAAGAGGUGCAGCUGAACUGCAGCUGUGAUGCAUGUGUCUCCAUGUGUAAUUCAGAAGGCAUUCAAACACAAUGUCAUUGUGGCUUUAGCCAGGAAGGAGCCACAGAGGGUGAUGUGUCAGGGGAGGACCAAGAGAAAGAGUUAUGCCCCCCCGACGUGAAUGCCUGUGGGGGGGAUUUUAUAUCUAUAAAAAAUGUUAGAUCAAAGGAAGUGGAUCCUGGUUUAAGCCUCCAACUGCAGCGCUGUGACAGCCCUGAUGAUCUCUGGCUGGACGCAUGUCAGUAUCUAACAGAUGAGGAUGCAGAAAAUCAGGAGAUUCCGGGCAAGACCCGUUACUGGGAGAUGUCAAGAGGUCACUCAGUUUUAAGUGCCCCGUUUGUUCCUCCACAAGUUUCAGAUUUCAGUCUGGAAGGUAAUAAGUGGAUUGGCUGGUGUAGCGAUGACAACAGAGGUUGGGGGCCACCAAUUGAAAGGUGGCCAUCGGUGGAUAGCUGGGCAAGCGCUCUCUCAGAUCUGGCAGGGUUUGCUGAAGCUCCACCAGGAGACUUCACGGCUGCUUUUGCAGAGGUAGGGGGUGAGAUAGAUGCUCUGACACAGGCCUUAGAAAAAGUCGACACUUUUGAAGAGUUGGAAACGCCACAAGAAUAUCAAGAAACAAGAACAGAGCAGGAAGGAUCAAAGCAAACUAUGGGAGUCCAGGAUCAGCUUCUGAAGACUCAAAGCAUCCCUGGGAGCUCCAUUCAAUCUGGGCAAAGCUCUUUCCCACUGUGCUUUGAAGCUGGAGAACCCAAACUCCACGACAAGGCCUCCCAGAAACCAAAUCUUUUCUAUGAUCAGCUUUCCACCACACAGAGGUCAGAAGAGUCAGAGAUUCUUCAAAUUGAGCUGCCCGCUCCCCAGCACCCAUCUGUGGUGGUCUCCCUUGGAAAAUACAGCAAAGGUGAAGCCCAAGGCGCUGGAGGCAUCACAUUCUUAGAUGCAGGUGGAGUUGUCAGCGGUGAAGAUGAUCUGAUCACACUGAACAUAACGGAAGAAACAGAUUUGAACGUUCCUGGAGAGCUGCAGCUUGAAAAGCCAUUUGGAGAUGUACUGUGUCAAGUGACAGAGGAAAGCGGUUUCCCCCGGCUGAGCUCUGCAGUGGCACCGCAGGUCGAAGGUGAGGGAAACAAGUCCUCAACAAAUGUCAGCUGCCCCGCCACGCACCAUCUGAUCGACUCGAACACACCAGAUGUGGACGCACAACAUGAGCUGCGAGCACGUGUUUGGUUUGACGCUGUUUCAGACCUUGAUGGAGCGGUACAGGUGAAGCCUCAACUGGGGACUUUAAAGUCUCUCAUACCGUUUGCUUCUCUCGAUAGUAGCCACUCCUCUGGGUGUCAGACAAACAGCUAUUUGGAAGGAGAGCAGAUCAGAAGGUCUCUCAGCGACAGCCUCACUGCUGAUCACGUACAACAGUGCACACUCUGCCAAACGCUAGAUGGAAUUACCUACGAGCCAUUGCAAGAAGGUGACGCAGGGUUGAUUCAUAAAAGGCAGCAGAAGACAAUAAAAGCAGCAGAGAAUCCACCAGUGUGGGACCUAUACGAGUCUUUCCUCGCUGCAGGAAAAGUCACACCAGAGAUCAGUUAUCUAAGAGGAGAUCAAAAUACCAUCUCUGCAGACCGAUUUGUAGUCUCAGAUAAGGACCGCAUCGCAUUUGUCACUUUAGAGUUGAAUGACCCGUUUGUUCAGAGGACAGCAAAACCACAAUUUGAGCUGAAAAUGCCUCAUAAAACUCACAAGAACCCCUCAGAGGUAAAAGCACGAUCCAAAAAGGAGAAAUCGACCGGCCAUCAUCAUGGUUCGCAGACUGCUACAAUGCAGGAGAACAUAUCUCACCAUGUUCUCACCCAGCAUCAAGAAAGUCGUCCUGCUUACACCACUGAGAACAGUCAAGCUGGGCUUGAGACCAAGGAGGAUAAAGGGGUGAUUGAAGCCGCUGUGAGGACUGAGAAGGGUGCAGGCAAGUCGCACAGUAAGAAGAAAAAGAAGCAUGGCCAGAAUGCAACACUAAAGAACAGAGGGGAGUCUUUUCCUGAGCAGGAAAAUGGAGCAAAACCAAAAACGGCAAAGGGGAGGAUUGAUAUGUUUGAGGCUAAACUGGCUGCCAAAGCGGAGAAAGCUCCUAAGGAUGUGGUUAAGGCUGAGAAGAAAGGUCAGCAGGUGGAGGCUCCAGAGCUGCAAGGAGAAACGCCUCAGCAUCCCACAGAUCAAAAACACCUUCCAUCAAAAACCAUCAGCAGCCCAACUAACGAUGAAGUCAUAAAAAGGCUGCGCCUGGCAGGAGAGGAGUUUGGCCGGGUGCCCAGUGAAUUGAAAUCCAAAUUACUUGAGUUUGAUGACUUAGUGAAAGAAAAAGAAGAGCAGGCUCAAGUAUCUCAAAAAAAGGCAUACAGUGAGGUGGUCAAACAGAAAACCCCACAAAAGGAAGAGCCCAAAGUGUUGCAGCCCAUCCAUGCAGAAUCGGUGAGUGAGGACCCUCAGAGCCUGUGUCUGUGGUGUCAGCUUGACACGGGCCUCUCUGACUCCACCGUGACCUGGAGCCGGGACGGGACCACCUUGUCUGAGAUCAAGAGAAGUGUUGGGGAUGACAGUCGGGUGUCCCUGAUCAUCACCAAUGCUUCUCACAAAGAUCUGGGCAAGUAUGAGUGCCGGGUCAGCUCACAGGGAUUCAUUACACUCACCUACCUGCUCACAUAUGAAGUUCUCAGUGAGAUCGUCAUUCCCACUUCUCCCAAAACGACUCCAUCUGCUCCAGCUGUGGAAGUGUGCAGUGAAGAAGAGGACGCUCACUGUUCAAGGCUGCUGUUUAAAGAGGAUUUCUUAUCAGACCAAUAUUUUGGAGAGCAACAUCCCAUCAGCAUUGUCACAGAAAAAGUUCAUUUUGGGGAGGGGAUGCAUCGACGGGCUUUCCGGACCAAGAUGCAGGCAGGCCAGAUACCUUUGUUAGUGCCAGGAGACUCCUGUGUGCUGAAGGUACACAACUCUUUAAGCUACGGGACCAACAACAACAACGAACUUGUUCAGAAGAACUUUGAUCUGGCAGUGGAGGAGUGUCAGGUGCAGAACACGGCAAGGGAGUACAUCAAAGCGUACACCACGGCAGCCAAAUCUGUUCAAGCAUUUGGAGACGUCCCAGAAAUCAUUCCCAUCUACCUGGUCCACCGUCCGUCCAACGAAAUCCCCUAUGCCACGCUGGAGGAGGAGCUGAUCGGUGACUUUGUCAAGUACUCAAUCAAGGACGGCAAAGAGAUCAACCUGAUGAGGCGGGACUCGGAAGCGGGACAGAAAUGUUGUGCUUUCCAACACUGGGUUUAUGAGAAGACUGAUGGCAACCUGCUGGUUACUGACAUGCAAGGAGUGGGCAUGAAGCUUACAGAUGUGGGAAUAGCUACCUGUAAGAAAGGAUACAAAGGCUUCAAAGGAAACUGCUCCACCUCCUUCAUUGACCAGUUCAAAGCUUUGCACCAGUGCAACAAGUUCUGUGAGAUCCUGGGGCUCAAGUCCAUACAGCCAAAGGCUAAGAAGCCUGCGGCUGCUCCAAAAAACAAACCCAAACCACCUGCUGCACCCAAGAAGAAAACAUUCGGGCCGACUGUCAAAGGCAAGUCCCAGUAGGAGGGAGAAAAGUGGGUCACUCCCCUAUUUUUUUGGACUCUGCAUCGUUAGCUUUAUGAGUUAAAAGUGAGCAGAUUUUAUGAUUAUUGGGAUGAAGACUUGAAAGGUUUUAUAAGUGUUUUAUUGGUUUAUUUUCUUGUCAUCUGGUGACUUUUGUUUGUCCAAAUGACUUUUGAAUGAAAGUUGAACUGUGAUGUCUUAGACUGCUUGAUGGUACGCAGGAAUAUUGAAUUACAGAUUGUUAUUUUUUACUUAGUUCAUUAAAUUAAUGGACCUUUAAUUGAUUUAAUUAAUUGUUUUUAAAUAUGUUUAUAUGGGUGGGUACUAUUACUGUGCUCGGUAAAAAAAAAAUACAGUAAAUCUUGCAGAAUAAGAAUAUUCUGAUAUUUAAUUUUUUGUUUAUGUUUCAGGAAAAUGAGCUCACUUUUAUAUUUUGGAGAUAAGCACACUGUACUUUUUAAGCUCAUUAAAAUUGUUUUGAUUCUAUUAAAGGAGAAUAGUGAAGACUA